AUGGUCUCUCCCGAUGCCUCCGUCCACGAUGAUACCAAGACCUCUGCAAAUGCAGUCUCUGCAGAGUCGGAUAAUGUCUUUCAAGAUACAAAGGAGCCUGAUGCCGAGCAGAAUCAUGCCGAUACCUCCAACAAUAAGGAACUGAAGCGCAAGCUGAAAAGCAGGCAUCUGCAGAUGAUUGCGAUUGGUGGAACUAUCGGCACAGGACUCUUCAUUUCCAGUGGCACUGCCAUCGCCGAAUCCGGUCCAGCUGGCGCCCUGAUCGCCUAUAUCUUCGUCGGCUCCAUUGUCUAUUCGGUCAUGAGCUCCUUGGGCGAAGUUGCAACCUACAUCCCAAUCCCCGGUGCCUUCACCUCAUAUGCAGCCCGGCUGAUUGACCCAAGCCUCGGAUUUUCCAUGGGUUGGAUCUAUUGGUUCAACUGGGCCUCCACGUUUGCUGUCGAAUUAACCGCCACCGGUACCAUCAUCCAAUAUUGGGAUUCUAGCCUAAACAUUGCCAUUUUCAUCGGAGUAUUUUGGGUGUUAAUCACGGCUAUGAAUUUUCUCCCGGUCAAUUUCUACGGUGAAGUCGAGUUUUGGUUCUCAACUAUCAAAGUGGCCACUGUCAUUGGCUUCAUCAUUUUCGCCAUUUGCAUCGAUGUCGGGGUGGGGCAGCAGGGAUACCUGGGUUUCCGCUACUGGAGCACGCCGGGGGCUUUUGCCUCAUACAGUCCCGACUUACCAGUGUCUGUAGGCAAGUUCGUCGGCUUCUGGGCGGUGCUAAUCCAAGCCGGAUUUUCCUAUCAAGGGACCGAGCUUGUCGGUGUGGCGGCUGGAGAAACCGAAAACCCACAAAAGACAGUUCCAUCGGCUAUCCGCAAGACAUUUGUUCGAAUUCUUCUCUUCUUUGUCUUGACGAUUUUCUUUAUUGGGCUGGUGGUCCCCUAUACCAACAACCGCCUCACCACUGCGGAGACCAACGCAUCGUCCUCGCCUAUGGUUAUCGCCGCCGAUUUGGCCGGAGUUAAGGUCCUUCCAAGCUUGAUCAAUGCUGUGCUCUUGUCCGUGGUCUUAUCAGCUGCAAACUCCAAUGUGUAUAGCGGCAGUCGAGUCCUGACUGGAUUGGCACAUGAAGGAUUUGCCCCGGCCUGUUUCGGUUGGGUGACCAAGCACGGUGUUCCGUAUGUCAGUGUCACAUUCACCGCUCUGUUUGGUUUGUUGGGUUUCAUGAACGUUUCCAAUGACGCUGGACAAGUCUUUACUUGGCUCGUGAACCUUUCUAGUGUUGCGGGCUUUGUGACCUGGGCCUCGAUCAAUGCGUGCCAUAUCGCGUUCAUGCGUGUAUUGGCAAACCGCGGGAUUUCUCGUGAUACCCUUCCAUACAAGGCCAUCUUGCAACCAUAUCUCGCUUGGUACGGCCUCUUCUUCAACAUCCUCAUCGCCCUCACCCAGGGUUUCACUUCUUUCAUCCCUUCAUUUCCGAUGCUCUACGUCGGGCACAAGGUGAUUUUCCGUCCGUCAUUUAUCCGUGCCGCCGAUGCCGAUAUUGACACUGGUCGCUUGCACUACGAAAAGGAAGUCGAUGCCCCCAAGCCAUGGUACUCGAGGGUCUGGGGCUGGGUCGCCAAGUAA